CAGCUUUACGAACACUUUUCACUCACUGCAAGCGUGCAUCAUUCCCAGCGAGGAUCGCACAACUGAAAGUCUGUGGGAAGUUUGCCGAGCGUUAUAUAUUUGGGAUUUAUUUGGAUCUGAGACUCUGUGAACCACUAUGUGUCACCAAAGCUGGUUUUUCAGUGUGCUGCUGCUGGGCUUCUGCGCUCGGGCCACUGGGGCUCAUGACUCCAGGCUGGAGCUGGAGCUGUGCGGCGGACCGGACUGGACUCUGGGCUUCUGCGGAUCCGGACUCACCUGCGCGGCGCUCAACAGAACCGGACCGGCGCUCGCACCUGAGACAGGUGUCUGCAGAGCGGUACCCGAUGCGACGGAUGCAGACGAGCGCUGCCCGCUAGUGAGCGGCUGUGAGCGUGUGGAUGGACAGUGUGUGUGUGGAUCCAAACACUCCUGCAUCCAGACGUACAGCUACCCCGACAGAGACGCAUGUGUGCAUGCUGGGAAAACAGGUUCUCUCCGUCACGAACACAGACACAGGUUUGUGGGUCCCGUGAACCCGGCGUGUGUGUUUUCUGGCUGUAAUCUGACGGCCGACGGCUGUGUUUGUUCGUCUCAGAGCUGCGACGAUCACUUCACGUACGCCAACCGCAGUCAGUGCCAGCGAGCCGCAGUUUCUCCCAGGUGUGUUCAUAACGGGAAGGAGUUUAGGGAGGGCGAGGUGUACCGUAUGGACCCCUGCUGGCUGUGUCAGUGUCGAGGUGGAGUGUCCUUCUGCUCUAAAGCCGAAUGCACAGAGAUGGACUGCCAGAACUUCUACGUUCCUGAAGGAGAAUGCUGUCCCGUCUGUAUAGGUACUGAACAGCUUCAGCAUUCAUUAAAUGCAUGCAUUUUAUAA